CAGGAAAGGGAAGAUGAAAGACCGACUUCAAGAACUAAAGCAAAGAACAAAGGAAAUUGAACUUUACAGAGACAAUCAUGUGUUAAGUUCGGAAACAGAGGAAAAAGGGGUGUUUGUGCAGCAAGCUGUUAUUUAUGAGAGAGAGCCUGUAGCUGAGAGACACCUACAUGAGAUCCAAAAACUACAGGAGAAUAUUAAGAAUUUGGCAGAUGAUGUGCAAAGAUUUGGACAGCAUCAAAAAAGUCUGAUGGCUUCAAUGAGAAGGUUUAGCCUCCUUAAGAGAGAGUCUAGCAUUACAAAGGAGAUAAAAGCCCAAGCAGAACACAUUAACAGAGGUUUGGGUGAUUUAGUUAAAGAAGUUAAAAAGUCAGAGGUUGAAAAUGGUCCAUCGUCAGUCAUCACAAGGAUACUUAAAUCUCAGCAUGCUGCAAUGUUCCGACAUUUUCAACAAACUAUGUUUAUAUACAAUGACACAAUAGCUGCAAAGCAAGAGAAGUGCAAGGCAUUUAUUUUUCGUCAACUUGAAGUUGCUGAAAAAGAGGUACCUGAAGAAGAGGUAAAUGAUAUGCUUCACCAAGGAAAAUGGGAAGUUUUUAAUGAAAGCUUACUCACAGAAAUCAAUAUCACUAAAGCACAACUCUCAGAGAUUGAACAAAGACAUAAGGAACUUGUUAAUUUGGAAAACCAAGUGAAGGAUUUACGGGAUCUUUUCAUUCAGAUAUCUCUUUUAGUAGAGGAACAAGGAGAAAGCAUCAAUAAUAUUGAAAUGAUAGUAAAUAGUACAAAAGAUUAUGUUAAUAAUACUAAAGAGAAAUUUGGACUAGCAGUAAAAUACAAAAAAAGAAAUCCAUGCAGGAUACUGUGCUGUUGGUGCUGUCCAUGCCGUGGUUCAAAAUAAAGAAACUAUUUU